UGGAGACAGAGCGCAUCAUGCUGGCAGAUCGGUUCCGUCAGAAACUGGACAUCUCGAGCAGUAUAACGCUUUAGGAUCCUUGAAACAUUUGAACGCAGACCUCUGAACAGAGAAAAAAAAUGCAUGAUCCACGAUGAACUGGGAUGUGGUGGUUCAUCUGUUCCAAUAGGCUAAUAUUGCUAUAAAAUAAUGGCUUGCCGGGCUGGAUGCUGCUGCAACAGCAUUGGUACCCUAAACGAAGACAAUGCGAGAUUUCUAAUGCUGGCUUUGUUAAUCAUCAUCUACCUGUUAUGUGGGGCAGCGGUGUUUUCAUCCCUGGAGCAUCCGAAGGAGAAGCUCGCCAAGGAGAAAUGGGCUCAGAGGAUCGAGCAGUUCACACACAAGUACAACCUGAGUCAAGACGACCUGAAGAACUUCCUGAGGAACUAUGAGGAGGCCAAUGUUGCGGGAAUCCGUGUGGACUCGACCAGACCGCGAUGGGAUUUUGCGGGAGCUUUUUAUUUCGUCGGAACUGUGGUUUCAACUAUCGGAUUUGGGAUGACGACACCCGUCACUAUUGCCGGAAAGAUCUUCCUGAUCUUUUAUGGUCUUAUUGGUUGCGCUGCCACCAUUUUGUUCUUCAACCUCUUCCUGGAACGUGUCAUCACCGUGAUCGCAUUUGUUCUGAAGUUCUGCCACAAGCGCAGAGAACGCCGCAAAGCCGGUCCGGCCCAAAACUGCCACCGCCCCCCCGCCGGCAACAGAGAGCGGCACGCGGACAGCUUGGCCGGCUGGAAACCUUCGGUGUACUGCGUGAUGCUCAUCUUAGGAGUCGCCGCCAUCUUGGUUUCCUGCUGCGCGUCCGCCAUGUAUUCUGCGGCCGAGGGUUGGGACUACCUGGACGCCCUCUAUUUCUGUUUCGUGGCUUUCAGCACCAUUGGUUUUGGGGAUAUGGUGAGCAACCAGCGUGAGAUGUACAAGGCUCAGGCGGCCUACAGGGUGGGCAACUUCCUUUUCAUUCUAACCGGAGUGUGUUGCAUCUACUCGCUGUUCAACGUCAUUUCCAUCGUGAUCAAGCAAGUUCUCAACUGGCUUCUGCGGAGGCUGGAGACUCCCUGCCGCUGCCCAGGCCGAGGGAACCGCCACACACGGAGGAACGUGGUCGUCCCGGGCCACAUGAGAACCCGGCGGGAAAACUCCAUCGAGACUGACGUGGUCAAUGACAGCGAGGCGGAUGGGCGGCGGAUGUCUGGAGAGAUGAUCUCCAUGAAAGACUUUCUGGCCGCUAAUAAAGUUAAUCUGGCCAUCAUGCAGAAGCAGCUGUCAGAGAUGGCUAACGGACAUCCUCGCCAGUUAGGGAGCAGCUUGCGUCACAAUGAGUUCUCCGGAGGGGUCGGAGCGCUGGGAAUCAUGAACAACCGCUUGGCAGAGACAAGUGUAGAUAGAUAAAUCCACCAUUUAGAAAUGUGAAGCAACCGGACCACACAGCAAAGCGUGAACACUUUUUUUUUUUUCGCUCUCUCUCGAAAGAAGCCUAGCAAAUAAGGUGCACAUUACUGAAAUGUUGUGGGCAAUUGAACUCCAUGGAAUAUUUACAUUCCACACAAGGUUCUUCAUAGUGAAAAAAGGUCAGAUAGAUUAUUAAAAAUGUUCUUCACACUAAGAAAAAUGGUUCUUUUAUAAACUGUUCACUCAAAGGUGGCAUUGCUGCAGAAACCCCCUCUUGGAAAUAGCAUAGAGAUGUAUGAAGCGCAGCUCUCUGUGGGUCAACAUGGUGAAUUCACAUGACCAACUGAACGUAAUACGAAAUCUGUGUGGGAAAAUCUUUUUUUGUGUGUGGAUUCCUGUUAAAAUGAGUAGAUUUAGCCCAUGAAAAUUCACUGAACAACAGUUAAUGUGAACGCACCUCAACUCUUAUCAAUUGGGUCUCAUUCACUAAUAAUAGGGUACAAAUGUUCUUUGGUACAAUGUUCUCAUGUUAAAUUUAUGGUGGAUUCACAAGACUAAAUGUCUUCAAACAGUCUUAAAACAGUACACAGUCUUAAAAGGCCAUAUUAUGUCGUUUUACAAAGUCUUGGUUUUGUUUUUGGGGUCUACUAAAAAAGGUUCAGACAUUAUUUUAGUACCUCUCUUCCCAGUCUAUCAGUAACACUUGAAAAGCCUAAGUAGAUCGUAGAAUCAUUGCCAUUGCCGCCAACUUAUUUCACUGUGCUUUUGAGAAACCAUAGACAUACACACUAGAUGUCACCUUGGGGUUCUUCUAAGCAUGUGUCAACACCGCCGCCAUCUUGGAACAGGGGUCUUGUCAUAGGAAGUAGCUAGGUAACGCUGCUAUCUCUGCCUUUACUUUGAAUUAAUGGAUGGCGAAGGACUUUUGUGCUGCGUAUGAUGUUCACAAAUGAAAUCUGAACUAGGAAGCAAUGAUAAAU